AUGAAGAGAACUCCCAAGGUUCCGGAGCAGGAGGGCGUCUUCCUGCAGGGACAACCUUCUCCAAAAGUUACUCCCGGGCUCCAAGAGGAGGGAUGCUACGUAGAGCUGCUGGCCAAGGGUUUGCUCGCCUAUUCGGAGGAAGGGCAAUCUGUAAACUCUCGGGGUAUCGGGGAGGAAGCAGAGGAGCCGGGGCUGUCUGUUGGAAUCAAAGCAGAAAUGCACCUCAGCAAUGAUCAUCUUUCUUCCUCAUCCGAAGAGGAUGCGGAUAUUCAAGAUAAUAAAGUGAAAGCACCUGAGCCACAUUUGUCCCAGAAGAAAACCAUCACCCAGAUCAUGAAAGAUAAAAAGAAACAGACUCAGCUCACUCUGCAGUGGCUUGAAGAAAAUUACAUUGUAUGUGAAGGUGUGUGUUUACCGCGGUGCAUCCUCUAUGCACAUUAUUUGGAUUUCUGCAGGAAAGAGAAGUUGGAGCCUGCCUGUGCAGCCACAUUUGGAAAGACUAUUCGUCAGAAAUUUCCUCUCCUUACCACAAGGCGACUUGGGACCAGAGGCCAUUCAAAGUAUCACUAUUAUGGAAUCGGCAUCAAAGAGAGCAGUGCAUAUUAUCACUCUGUCUACUCUGGGAAGGGUCUGACAAGGUUUUCUGGAAGCAAGUUGAAGAAUGAGGGUGGUUUCACUCGAAAAUAUUCACUCAGCUCAAAAACUGGGACACUUCUUCCAGAGUUCCCUAGUGCACAACAUCUUGUGUACCAAGGAUGCAUUUCUAAAGACAAGGUAGAUACUCUCAUUAUGAUGUACAAAACUCACUGUCAGUGUAUUCUGGAUAAUGCAAUUAACGGAAACUUUGAAGAGAUCCAACAUUUUUUAUUACAUUUUUGGCAAGGAAUGCCUGAUCAUCUUCUCCCACUGCUUGAAAACCCUGUUAUCAUUGACAUUUUUUGUGUUUGUGACUCAAUUCUUUAUAAGGUCCUAACAGAUGUCCUCAUUCCUGCAACAAUGCAAGAAAUGCCUGAAAGUUUGUUAGCAGACAUAAGAAAUUUUGCUAAAAAUUGGGAACAGUGGGUUGUUUCAUCCUUGGAAAACCUGCCAGAAGCCCUAACUGAUAAGAAACUACCCAUCGUACGGAGAUUUGUAUCUUCCCUAAAACGACAAACAUCUUUCUUACAUCUUGCUCAGAUUGCCAGACCAGCCCUGUUUGACCAACAUGUUGUGAAUUCUAUGGUGUCUGACAUUGAAAAGGUUGAUUUGAAUAGCAUUGGAUCUCAGGCAUUUCUCACUGUUUCUGGAAGCACUGAUCCUGAAUCUGAAGUCUAUACUGAAUAUGACUCUAUUACAGUGUUUCAAGAACUGAAGGAUUUGCUAAAGAAGAAUGCCACUGUGGAAUCAUUUAUUGAGUGGCUGGAUACUGUGGUAGAGCAAAGGGUUAUUAAGACCAGCAAGCAAAAUGGCAGAUCUUUAAAGAAGAGGGCUCAAGAUUUCCUAUUGAAAUGGAGCUUCUUCGGUGCUAGAGUCAUGCACAACCUGACCUUGAACAACGCCUCCAGUUUUGGUUCUUUUCAUUUGAUCCGAAUGCUUUUGGAUGAAUAUAUUCUACUAGCCAUGGAAACCCAAUUUAACAAUGACAAAGAGCAAGAGUUGCAGAAUUUGUUGGAAAAGUAUAUGAAGAAUUCAGAUGCAAGCAAAGCUGCCUUCACUGCUUCACCAAGUUCCUGUUUUUUAGCUAAUCGGAAUAAAGGGAGCACUGUUCCUAGUGAUGCUUCAGUCAAGAAUGAAUGUCUUGCUGAGGCAAAUUAUGUUUCUCUGCCCCCCAACCAGUCUAGUAUCUUGCCUUCUGUUUUACACCCUUUCUCUCCUGGAGAUACAGAGAAUAUGCAGCUUACAGGUCCAGUAGAGCUGUCUCAGAGUACUGGUCACCUGGUGACGCCACCUAUUUCUCCAGCCAUGGUCAGCCGAGGAAGUGUCAUCAACCAGGGACCAAUGGCUGGGAGACCUCCCAGUGUUGGUCAGGUGCUAUCUGCUCAGUCUCACUGCUCAUCAUACUCAGAGCCCCUGUAUCAGACUCUCUCACAAACAAACCAGAACUAUUAUGGGACCAGCCACAACUACCAAACCAUGUUUCGAGCCCAGACCCACCCAACUACAGGAAUCUAUCACCACAGAUCUGAACAUAGUCGGUUUAUGGCUUUAAGUGAGCAACAACUUUCUCGAGACUAUUUCAGUAACAGCUGUGCUGUGUCUCCAUACAAUGAAAGGUCGUCUUCAAACUAUGGAUCAUCUUCAACCAUGCAGGAGGCACACAGUAUGCAGUUUCUAAAUAAUGGAAAUUUCAAUUUCCUGAGUAAUACAGGGGCUAAUGGCUGCCAAGGAUCCUCAUAUCUUCCAAAUGCACCUAACGGUUAUUAUGGAAACAAUGUAAACUAUACAGAAUCUCAUAGGCUUGGAUCAAUGGUUGAUCAACAUGUGUCUGUUAUCAGCAGUGUGAGCAGCAUUCGUUCACUGCCCCCGUACAAUGACAUCCAUGAUCCCCUGAAUAUCUUGGAUGAUAGUAGUCAGAAACCAGCAAGCUCCUAUUACACAGACACAUCCUCUUCAGUUGGCUGUCGGACUUCAACAAUAGCCUCCAGUAUGUCAACAGCAAUUUCUGCAUCCUCAUCUCAGUGUAUGUUUGGAACUUCCAGUCAAUAUCCAACUCAGGAAUCUCUGGACUCCCAUGGAACAAAUAAUAGAGAUAUAGUGUCAUCUUUGCCACCAAUCAACACUGUCUUCAUGGGAACAGCAGCUGGGGGGACAUAGACCAGAAAAUGUGGUGUGUCGAUUUUAAAAGCAUUCCCAACAUCACUGAUCCAAAGACCACUAUUCUUUCAGCUUUUUAAGAGAGAAGAGAAAAUAGACUCUACUGUAGCUGGAUACUACUCUUGAAAUCGCUUCAUUGAUUAAAAAAAAAAUUAAAGACCGGGUGAUCUAUCUACUCAUCAGAAAACAAACACUUGCAAAGAGUACAUUGCACAUGAAUCAUUUGAUAUGAGUUCUUAUUAUAGUUGUAGCUUCAAGCAUCAGCAAGCUAAUAAAAUUAGUAGGGAUUUGGAAAAGCAAAUAUUUCUAUUAUGGAGAAUUCACAUUUCCCUUUCUAAUUUAUUGAAAAUAUCUUUUCUUUCUUUUCCUUCUCUUUUUUCUUCUUUAUUUUUUUAAGAGAAAAAGUUUAUUUAAUGCCUGUAUACUGUCCUUUAUUUAUUAGUAUCACAAAAUCACUGUUUACGAUCCCUUAUUUGACUACUUGUCAAAUGUAUGUGUUCUACCUCCUAUGGAAAUGUUUACAAGGUCGAGUUUGAUUCAAUUCAGCCUAUGCCAAAGUUGCUUAACUUUCAAAUCUUUUGUGCUUUAAUGGAUUGGUUUCUGUUACAUAAGGAUAGUUUUAUCUGUGUAACUGAAUGGAGACCAAUGCUUUCUACCUGUUUAAAAGAAGUGGGAAAAGAUGAGGAGAAAUAAAAGAGGGAAUGCAAGGAAAUAUCUCAAAAAUUAA